AGUGCGCGCUCCUUUUUCCGGCCGGCGGCAAGAUGGCGGCAGGGGCGGUGGAGCUGCAGCGGAUGCAGUGGCGGCUGGAGGAGCUGGAGCAGCGGGUCGGCGUCGGGGUCUGCGGGCCGUGCAAGGUGGCGGACGAGGUGGGGAAGGUGCAGAUGGCGCUGAGCAAUAUCACCGGCAAGAGGGAGAGGAUCAAAAUCCUGUUUAAGAAAAUUGAAGAUGUAAUAAAAUAUAUUGACCCUCAGUACAUUGAUAGGAUGGCUGUUCCAGAUGCCAUGAAGCUGCAGUUCAUCUUGGCAGACAAGCAGGUUAUUAAUUCCCGAGCAGCUCUUCUGGAGCAGGUGAAGAACCUCCAGCCCAUCUUGGACAGUGCCAGCAUCCAAGCGGUUCCUGACCAUGCUACCAAACUACAGCGACUCUCUCAAAUCCACAUACAGCAGCAGGAACAGUGUCAUGAUCUCACUGAUGAUGUCAAGAUUCUCCUUGAAGACUACAACAAAAUGACCCUGCUUCUCUCCAAGCAGUUUGUCCAGUGGAAUGAAAUAUUGACACGGCUGGAAACAGCCAAGGAAGAGAAACCUGCAGCAGAGUGAUAGGAGAGCUGGGAGUGUGGAGAACCCGGGGACCCUGCUAGCCUUGGGUCUCUGGAGAGGCUGAAGCACAGCUUGCACCCUGCUGUCUUAGCAUCUUCCCAGUUGGUGCGAGCAUGCUGCAAGUGAUAUCACAGGCUCUUGGGGGGGCACCCUGUGUCCACUGCUGGGCUGUGUUGGCCCCAUAUUGAAGCCACACUACUUCCUUUUUAAUAUGCUACUGUUUGCAAAUCUUGCACUUCCCUGAAAUACAUUUUGGUUUGUGACAUACUUAAAAAUCCCUUUCUGCUCUUACUGUGGACCAUAGUAAAGUCCUGAAAUGCUAA